CGGAGCGCCUGCUCUGUCCGGGGCUGGGUUUGUGUCCCCGAGGAGGACGCUGAGGCGAGAGUCAGAGCCAGACUCGGUGGGUCGCAGGCAGACACCAGGAGCAGAGGCUCGAGACAGGGUGGUGUUCCCAGAAUCUCCGUCACAUGAACAGCUGUGGGGUGCAGGCGCUCAGCUUAGCAGCUCUGUGUGGCAGGUGAGCAGCAGCAGCUAAGGCCUAGGGUGGCCUCAGCUCCUGGUUGGUGAACGGGGCUGGGGGAUUCGAGUACAGGCCGGCCUGACCCUGGAGCCCACGCUGUGACAGCUCUUGUCCUGCCAAAAGAUGCGGAGGCGGGGCUCUGUCCUGCUCGCUCCCCCUCUUCAGAUAAGAGGCUCGGGCGUGUGACAGCCAGCAAGGAGCGGAGCUGACCAUGCAGGACUGAGGCGGGGUUGGAUCGUCAAACGCAGGCUACUACUUUGGUCCAUCAGAUUUUUGGAGGCUAUCUCAGAUCGCGUGUGAAGUGCUCGGUGUGCAAGAGCGUCUCGGACACAUACGACCCCUACCUGGACAUAGCGCUGGAGAUCCGGCAAGCUGCUAAUAUUGUGCGUGCUCUGGAACUUUUUGUGAAACCAGAUGUCCUGAGCGGAGAGAACGCCUAUAUGUGUGCAAAAUGCAAGAAGAAGGUCCCAGCCAGCAAGCGCUUCACCAUCCACAGAACAUCCAACGUCUUAACCCUUUCCCUCAAGCGCUUUGCCAACUUCAGUGGGGGGAAGAUCACGAAGGAUGUGGGCUAUCCGGAAUUCCUGAACAUCCGUCCGUAUAUGUCCCAGAGCAGCGGGGAGCCUGUCAUGUACGGGCUGUACGCGGUCCUGGUCCACUCGGGCCAUGGCUGCCACGCGGGUCACUAUUACUGCUAUGUGAAGGCAAGCAACGGACAGUGGUACCAAAUGAAUGAUUCCUUGGUCCAUUCCAGCAACAUCAAGGUGGUUCUGAACCAGCAGGCCUACGUGCUCUUCUAUCUGCGAAUUCCAGGCUCGAAGAAGAGUCCUGACGGCUCCCUCUCCAGGACUGUCUCCUCCGUUCCUGGCCGUCCAGGCGUGGUUCCAGACCACUUGAAGAAGAACAUUGGCAACGGGGCCGUUGGCUCCCCGCUGACUGGGAAGCGACUGGACUCUGUGCCAAUGAAGAAGCUGCCGGCCACUGAGGAGCUUGGCGUGCCCAUUUCCAGGAACGGCUCCGUGUCGGGUCUGAAGUCUCAGAAUGGAUACGUUCCUCCAAAGCCACCCGUGGGGGCCCCUUCCCCCCGACUCUCCAAAACACCCCCCCACGCACCAACCGUUCUGGAUGAGCCUGGAAAGAGAGUUAAGAAGUCGACGCCCCUGCAGCACCUCUCCCCGUCACGCAAAGCUUCUCGGGGGUCCCAUGGGACCAGCAACGGGAGCGGAAGCAGGAGUGAGAGCCUCAGGCAGGGCUCCUGGGACAGCAAGGGUGCUGCUCUGUCCACCUCACCCAGGCUCCCGGCCAGAGUGACUGCCAACGGGCAUGGGCCCAAGGCAGGUGGCGAGAGCCCCGAGCUCGAUGGGAGGGAUUCCAGCAGCUCCAGCCCAGAGCACUCCGCCAGCAAUGACCCCACCAAGGCCCCCCAGACACCCAGGAGCAGAGUGGCCCACUUGGGGGACUCUCAGGGAACACACUCCAGAGCGCUGCCGGAUGGAGACGACCCCAAGGUGGUGAAGCCCAAGUCCCCUGUCCUGAGCAGCACCACCACCGAGCCCGCAAACAUCAUGUCUCCUCCACCAGCCAAAAAACUGGCCCUUUCUGCCAAGAAGGCCAGCACCCUGCGGAGGGCAGCCGACAAUGACCUCCGUCCACCCCUCUCACCACUGUCCGACCUCACCUACCCCAGGAAAACCACUCACCCUGUCGCCGCCUCCUCCUGGCCUGUCUGUGCAAUCAGGGCGCUUUCACCUGCUCCCCCACCAUCCAGCCACCUGAAGCUCCCCGUCGGUGCCCGCUCCGCGUCACUGUCCAGUAGCCCCCGACCUCCCGGGACGUCAGACCCACAGAGCUGCUCCCCCGCCUCUGCUCUCCUGCCUCAGGUCAAUGGGGGCUCCCAGGCCCCUUCACACCAGCUGCCAGAGGCCAGCAGGUCCCCCCAGAGCCUCGGUAAGAAGAGGAAAAGGAACCGCAGGGGAGAGAGCCAGGGGCAGCGCUCAGAGACGAGCGCAGCAGCGGCAGCCUGUCCGGCGAAGAGGAGAAGGAAGAAGAGGAAGCGCGCGGGGGCCGUGGACGCCUCCCCCCCGCAGGAGGGGCAGAUGCAGGGGCAGCACUGGCACCUCGAGCGCAGGACAGAGCCCCGGGCAGAGGUGCCCGCCGACAGACUGGAGGACCAGGGCGGACGGCAGCAAGAGAAUGGCCGGCUGGGGGGGAGCGGGACCGACGGCCGCCCCGGGAGCAACAGGAAGAGGAGACGGAAGGGAGCGGAGGGCCUCGGUGCGGAAGACUGCCUCCCGCAGGACCCGCCGUGGCACAGGAGCUGCUCUCCCUUGGACGUCGUCGAGCUAGAGGCCACGGUGGCAUCUCCGAGGAAAAAGAAAAGGAAAAAAAGACAGCAGGAGUCAUGGCAGGAAGUAGAAGAGAAUGAGCACCCUGAAGCCUGCAGGGGCGAGAGGCAGAGGGGCUCUGCUCUCCCUGGGAGCCCGCCCUCCCCGCCUGUGAACGGCAGGCGUCCCGGGGACGGAGCAGGGCAGGCCCCGGCUCCUCUUGUGUCCUGGAGCAGAGAGAGGGAGUCCGACGUGCUCCAGGAACUGCUCAAGUAUUCGUCAGAUAAAGCUUACGGGAGGAAAGUGUUGACAUGGGGCGGCGAGGUGUCGGCUGUCAGUCAGGAUGCCAUUCGGGACAGCAGAUGGGCCCGCGCCGCCACGGUGGUCGACGACUGGGAUGAAGAGUUCGAUCGAGGGAAGGAAAAGAAAGUGAAAAAGUUCAAAAGAGAGAAGAAAAGAACAUACAACGCCUUCCAGAAACUUCAGAGUAGACGGAACUUUUGGUCUGUGACUCAUCCAGCUAAGGCUACCAGCCUCAGCUACCGCCGCUGACUCUGCUGCUGUCAGAUGGCCUCGGGAGACGAGGUGUCCCUUCCUGGGCCCUGUCCGUCUGAACUGAAGAGCGGCCUUGCUGAGGACCCCGCUGCCCCGUCGCUGCCAGGCCCACGCUGUGAGCCAGCUGCAGGAGGACGGGACCUCGGGCGUCACCUCACGCACCGUGAAAAGCCCCACGGUGACGCGGAGAGCAGGUGGCAGCGCGCUGGCCGGGAACCUGGACAGCGGUGCGUGUGGUCUGUGGCCGAGAGCAGGGGACACGGCGGCCGCAGCCCUCCCGGCACAUCCUCGAGUGAGCGAGCGCCCUCAGGGUGAUCGAGUGCGCUGGGCUCGUCUCGGGAGCCAUCUGUCCCCUGCUGCUGGCGGCCGGCACCGCCCUCCGGUCCUGCCGUCCCCAUUUCCGCGGGGCAGGGACUCUGUAUGCCUUACGUGUUCCCCUCAGAAAGGAAGCCGAGGCCGCCCCGCACCUCACCUCUCCCUUUUCUGGAAUUGGGGGGCGGCCCUGCCAGUGCGUCCCUCCCUUGCAAGAGGCCCUAGCCCAUCUCUGGAGAGAGACGGCUCUUGGGGUGGGGCCGUGAGACGGCGUGCUGACUCCCCUGCCUUUCCAGCGGCUGUCGAUCCCCAGGUGGCCUUGCCAUUCCUUCCCUGCAGCUACAGCGGCCCGCGGGUCUGUAUCGAGGUGGUGGUCUUGGGGUAGAAUCCUUUUAUUUUACUACUUAUUAGAGACACGCAUUUUGACCAGGUCUGUGGCUUCCGUUAGCAAUACGUUUCCUUUCCCUGAUACCCAAUACUGGCUUUAUUUGCUCCAUUUUGUGAGUGCUUUUGAAUUUAGAUGAUUGUAUGACUCAAGAAGAUCACUUUUUUAUCUUGCUCAAGCUGUGCCUGCGAACUUGUAAUUUAAUAAAUACAGAAACCCUCAGUUAAGGUGACAUUUUCCGGAGAACAGACACACGACCCAGUAGCAGAAGGUACAGAGGUCAAUCCGAAAGUGACUCCGUGGAUGUACGUCUCCACUUCCUCUUCUCCAGAACGCCACACGCAGAGAGGGACUGACGUCUGAUGUGGACGUCCGUCCUCCACGGUGGCUCUUCGUGGCCUGAGGCCCACCGAUGGCCCCGUCUGGCACCCCUUGCCACCCGAGCCUUGCGGCUUGCUCUGGGGCCUGGGGGGGGGAUCAGAAAAAAGUGUUCCAUUUUCAGGGUGGGGGUGGGGAGAUAUGUUAAUUUUUUCACGUAGGUAGUUCUUUUUGAUUUUUCUUCCUGUUCUUACAUUUCUCUUUGAAAAAGGUGGGGAGAAUGAUGAUGCCCAUGGCCCAAACUGGGGCUGCCUCUGGUCCCAGCAGGAGGUGAGCAGAGCACUGGCUGCAUCCGCCGGUCUGGGAGCCUUUUGCUCUUUUCUCAGAGGACAGAUUUCUCUGUUAACCACACCUUGUUCAAAGAUGAGGGUCGUGUCCCCCCUCUCCCCCUCCCCCCCAGCAACCCCUAGUGCCCUGUGGCUUUGUCAUCUGCCACUUCGGGAGGGAAGGCAGGUGCCUUUAUGGACAGGGCAUUUUUUUUUUCCUCUUUUGGUGUUGACCUUCAUUCCUGUAUGGCCCUAUUUUUCUGUAACGUUCUGCAGUUGAAAAGGGAAGUUGUUGUCUGCAGCACAGAGUUCAUCUCUUUUCUUGCUCCCUCCUCUUCAAACCAGGUUCUUCCCUUUUCACUAUGUAAUUAUGAAACCUUUUCCUGAGGAAAACAUGCCCGCCGUGUCUUGGGCGGUGCUGAGCCCUGGCCUGACUGUUGGCAGCAUUUGUCACUGUUCCGUAGGGGCGAGCCCUUCCCUCCCACACCCGGCCAUCGGCCAAACUGGGAAGGGAAAGGAUGGGCCCAGAAAAUCAGUCCAAACUCUGGGGGACAUGUAAAUAUAUAAAUAUAUAUAAAUAACGAAAGAUUUUAUAAUAGCAGUCACUUGGUUGACUUAGAACGUGGGUUUAAUUUAACUUUGUGUUGGGGGGGUCGCCUCUCCCCGUGGUCCCGUGUGGCCUCACUCACCUGCCUUUUCCCGGUGGGCUUAGCCCACCACGUCCCCGUGCACUGUGCCUCCGCUCCAGGGGCUGAGGUGCCCCCGAUGUUGCCAAGAUCCUGGUGCAAUAAAACAGGUUUUUGUGA